AUUUGACCUCAAAGCCAAUACAACUACAUGUCUAAACCACCGACGUAGAUAUCAACACGGCUGGCUUAAUGAUUUUUGUAAUCUACGAGUACAUAGUAAAAUUCAAGUCUUUAUUAUAGAUACAUAUCUACGUUGGAUUGUACAAAAACCACAUCAUUAUUAUCUGAUUGGCGUAAAAAUUGAGAAGCGGUAUAAAUAUCACAUCUGAAAUAACAACAAAGUCACUGAGUCGUAUACCUUCAAUCAAACAUCUGGAUAGCAACAUGAUGAAAUCUUUAAUUACUGUAAUAUUCGUGUUAUCCAUCAUUACAGCGAUGUGCGAGAACGCUUCUGCUCAAUGUGGACCUAAUGAAGCUGUUCCCAUUUGCCAGCCAUGCUCAGUAACAUGCGACGAUCGUGAGAACGUAUGCCUAGCUGUUUGUAUCCCGAACUCAAGAUGUUAUUGCAGAAGUGGAUAUUUGAAGAAAAAUGGCAUUUGUGUACCUAUUUCAGAAUGCUGAAUUAUAAGUGUGAUGAAUAAUGCAUUGUAAUCAUCUAUUUAUAUUCGCAUAAUAUAUACUGGUAUAAGAGCUUUGAGCACGGCUUAUAUGUGGACUGGAAGCAAUAAAGCAUCCGUAUACAUGAUUCUAUGAUUAUAUUUUGAAUCCACUUUGAAGUCAAAUUAAUUGAAAAAUGCAAGAUGAUGAUUUUCUUCUUUCUCCAGUGCCACAAAUUACCUAAAUAAGUUUAUUCCAACAAGCAGUUCCGAACUAGUUCAGAACUAAUUCCAAAUUGCUGUUCUGAGCAUACUGGUGGUGUGUACAGUUCCGUACUAUUCUGUCGAAACAGAGAAUUACAUGGCUUGUUGUGUCACAAACUUAAUUGAAAUAAAAUCUAAAAUGAUCUAGUUAUAUAUAUUAUAUAUGGAAUUUCAGGGAGAUUUAUUGUUCUUUGGAGUCAGAAUUGAGAAUCGAUAUACAAAUUUCAGAUUAAAACGAUAAAAAUCAUAUUUAUCUAUAUAUUUAUACACCACCAACAGAUAUACCGAUUACUGGUGGGUAUGCAGCAAGAUAACAAACAAGGUAAU